GGACUGACCGAUGUUUUGGGGCAGCGGCCAAAAUGUGACGCAAUCUUUCGUCGACUGUCGCGUAAACAUCGCGCAGAGGAGCGAGCACGUUUGUAAAAGAGGACUGCAAUAGCAACAACUAGUUUAUUAACGAGGUAACAUGGCAAAGAAUAAACAAAAAGGAAAAAAACAGAAAAACGUCUUCCAAGUGGCAAACAAGCACUUAAAGAACAAGAAUAAAGCAAAGCCUGUGACAACAACUCUAAAACAUAUCAAGGCUGUCAAAAAUGAGAGGGUAGAGAAUCUGAAUCAAAUCUUCUCCGAGGUCCAGAGAGAUGUCAGAAGUGUUUCGAAGUCUGUUGCUCCCGAACCUAAGAAACAAAUCAAGGUUGUCAAAGAUCCACCAAAAGAAUCUGUGAAUGUUGACAGUGCUGCACAGCUGUUCUCUCAGCUAUGAUGGACCAAGAUACGAAAGUGAUCAUGCCGGAAAUCAACACUUCUGUUUGCUCACUUUUACCAGAGAGGAUCCACUGGGUUGUGUAUAUUGAUGAAAGGAAUAAUAUUGUAAUAAAUAAAAACAAGUAUUCUUUACUGUAGCAUUUAAGCUGAGCAGAAGUGUAUGAGAUUUUUGUCAGGUACAUCUUUGAAAUAUCAAGAGAGGGAUUCGUUGUGUAAUGAG